UCAGUUUUGUCAAUACGUGUGCAGUGUUGUCCAAAAAUACUCCCCAUUUUUCCCUAACUUACUUGUUAAAUAAAUAUAUUUCCCAUAGCGCUUCGUGUGUGAAAAAAAGAAUACGAAUUUCUUUCUCAAAGGCUAUUCGGAAACCAAAACAUUUCACGGAUUAAUAACGCUCUAACCAAAACGAUGCCUCUUCACGAAACGUGACGCCAAAACCAAGAGAAGGAGAAGGAGAAGAAGAAGUAAGAGGAGGAGAAGAAGGAGGAGAGAGAGUGUGUGUUGGAUAAAAUAUCACCCCAUUCUCGAAGGGAUUGGAACAUGGUGCUGUGCUUAUUAAGCUGUAACACUUUCCCCUAGCUAACUGCUCCCUGUGUAGCUGUGUGUAAGUCAAGUGUGUUCGAACAUGCUGUGCUUAUUAAGCUGUAACACUUUCCUCUAGCUAACUGCUCCCUGUGUAGCUGUGUGUAAGUGUGUUCGAACAUGCUGUGCUCAACACAAAGUGUAGAUCUAGCUAUACUCUCCUCUAGCUAGCUAGCUGCACGCUGUGUGUACGUACGUGCGUGUGUGAGUGUGUGUAAAGUGUCCGGACAAGAAACCAGCACCAAGAUGUUGAAGACGUCCAACAGCCCCGUGGCUGGCGUGAAGGUGUUCAAGAUCCUCAAGUCCUAUUGUCAAAAGAAUGUUUCUCCACCUUGCAGGGUCCAAGAAUCUGACGGCAGCUUCUUUGAGAGCUACACGGCGCUCGCGUGGAGGCAGGAGAACAAGAGGCUUAGGGCUGCCAGUGAGGAUGACAAGGACUGUGACAAGCCCCCUCCAGUGGAGAUUCAGUACGCCAGUAAACCACAGCUGCCCAAACUCUCCAAGAAGGAGGUUUCAGCGAUCCCUAUUGCAUGCUGGGAAUCAUGCCGGGGCGCGCACCGGAAGUGGACUCCGGAGCCGGCAUGUCGUCUGAUGACGAGGGGAGCAAGUCACGUGACAGGGAGCCACGAGAGCGCCACAACUCCAAGAAGUUCUCGCUGCGCCGGAGGUCGAACAAGAACGCCGUGGUGCGGGAUAUGCUGCCGGCAAAGCUCAUCAGAACCACCACCGUGAAGCCUAACACGCUCAACCCCGUGUGGAACGAGAAGUUCCGAUUUGACCUGGACGAUGUUCACACAGACAGACUCCAUCUGGAUAUCUGGGAUCAUGACGACGAGUCCUCGGUGGUGGAAGCGGCUAAGAAACUGAACGAGGUGUCUGGCCUCAAAGGUCUAGGCCGGUUCUUCAAGCAGGUGGCGCAGUCGGCCCGCUCUAAGGACAACAGCGUGGACGAUUUCCUGGGCAGUGUCAACAUCCCGCUAGAUGACCUGCCGUCCAUGGGUUCCAGCCAGUGGUAUCACCUAGAGGGUCGGUCGGCGCGGUCCAACAUCCAGGGAGAGAUUCACCUCAAGCUCAGUCUGGCCACGAGGGAAGACCGGGGAAUCCCGGAGGAUGACAACUGGACUGACGUGAAGCAACACGAGGAUCUCAUGUGUAUCUUUGUGGAGUAUGAGCUCAGGAAAUACAACAAAACAAACACGGAGUGGUAUGAGCGAAUCUAUUCAUCCUGUCAAGCACAGGCGAAGAGAGACGAAGACCUGCUCCAUGCACUGAUAGAGCUCUGCAACCAGCUCAACUCGGAUGUCUACAAGGCUUACAACAACUACAACACGGUCUUUGAGGAGUGGCGCACGUUGAUGCUGCCGUCAAGUACAGCACGUCUGCUGUCGAUGUCUGCUGCUGCUUCACGCAGAUCACAGAGUUCUGGAAACAGCUGGCGUGGCCGGAUCGGGUGGGAGCCUACCCGUUUGUCUACAAACUCACAGAGGACAUCUGUAAUGGCGCCAAACUGUACGCGGACCUGGUACACACCAAGCUGACAGAGAAAGGUUACUAUGACGACGAGGGGCAGUUUGACGUCACUGAGGAGCUCUGUAUCACCAUCAACAACAUCGAGCAAGUCCGCCGCUCCCUCAAACCUCUCCCCACUCUGCUGGACUUCAGCGAGAUACAGCAGGCUCUGGAGCUGGCACGGGAUGAUAAUGAGUCGUCGGAGGAAGGAGCCAGCGGUCUGCUGGGUAAGGCGUCUCUCCAGGGCAUCAUCAAACAGGCGGACGAGGAGAUGGUGAGGAAGAUCCGACAGGUGGUGGAUAGAGUGGCAGACAAGAUGCGCCCAGACAUCAAGAAGGACGUGUUUCAUCUGAACUGGGCCCCGGAGUCACUUCCGGCGGAAGAGGCUGUUGGUGAUUUGCUGGAAUACCUGGACAGUAACUUGCUGACCCUCAACUCGAACCUCCUGAAGACGAACUUUGAGAGAAUUCUGUCGUCUAUCUGGGUGGAGGUUCUGGAGGAGUUUAGGGAGGUGUUGGACACUGAGGAGAUGAACCUCCGCAAGGAGCUGACCAUGCACAAGAUGGACACUCUGUCUCUCAUCGAAACGUUUUAUAUGGAGAAGAACGAACAGCAG